AUGGCCGAGUCGGUCGGCGCCUUGCCGACCUUCCGCGGCGAGGCCGGGAGCGCGGCGGCAGGCGGCGGGCGCGGUGGCGGGAAGGAGAAGAUGGGCGAACGCGGGCGGCGACAGACGUAUCCGACAGACGUCGAGCUGACUGCGUCCGAGUUUGAGAUUCCAGGCGUGCUGGCGGCGGCCGACGAGGAGCUGCCGUCGGCGCCGAGCGAGCCGCGACGGGUCUUUGGCGCAGGCAUCACGCUCGACGAGCUCAAGGCUGAGGAGAGCGUCCGUGGCGGCGCGGGUGGCGGGCGGAUGGACGGGCCCGGGCUGGCGCAGGUCGGCGACGACGGGGGUAAGCCCGAGAUCAACUUUGCCGACGUCGUCGACGUUGAUCCGUCCGAGGCCUGGGACUCGUAUGUCUCGCAGGACCUGGUGGGCGUGCUCGUCGAGUCGGUGGCCUUCCGGCUCGGCAUUCUGUUUAUCAUUGUCCUCAAUUCCAUUCUCAUUGGCGUGCAAACCGACCGCGCCAUCCAGUCACGGAUGGACGGCUUGCUCUCGGCGUUCGACACGGUCUUUCUCAUCAUCUUUGUGGUGGAGAUCGGGCUCAAGUGGUACUACGGGUUCAUGCGGUUCUGGCUUCAGGGCUGGAACAUCUUUGACCUCAUCAUUGUCGCGGCCUCGCUUCUUGGCCCGUCGCUCUCGUUCCUCUCGUCCGGGCGCGUGCUCCGGAUCCUCCGCGUGGUGCGGGCGUUCCGGUCGCUGCGGUCGAUUUCGGCGCUGCAGGGCCUGCAGAUCAUUGUGCAGACCAUCCUGCAGUCGCUCCCGGACAUGCUCAACAUCUUGCUCCUGCUCAUGAUUGUGGCCUUUAUCUUCGCCGUUGUGGGCGUGACGGUCUUUGGCGACGCCACCCCGCAGCACUUUGGCUCACUCGAUCAGGCGCUGUUCUCGCUCUUCAUCAUUGUGACCCAGGACGGAUGGGUGAGCAUGUUCUCUGAUUUGGAGGACAAGGGCAUGUUUGUGCCUGCUGCCCUCUACUUUGCCUCGUUUAUCAUCCUCGGUGCGUUUGUCCUCUCCAACGUCUUUGUCGGCGUCGUCGUCACCAACCUCUCUGUCUCGUACAACGAGCUGAAGCGGACAAAGCGGGCGCAGCGACGGAGCCUCAUCACGCCGGCGACGGCCGCGAUCAUGGGCGGGGCGGCCGGCGCUGCCGCCGCUGCCGCCGGCAGCACCGCCAGGCCGAGCUCCGGCAAGCGCGAGAAGAACAUGCCGCUGCUGCCGCUAGUGCCCACGCCCGACGUCCCCAUCUCCACAUGGCGGGCACAGAUGCCGCUCGAGACGCCGGACUCGCUGCGGUCGCUCCCAAUCUCGACGCUUGAGAACUAUCUCGUCCUUGUUGCUGCGCUGGAGCAGAACAUGAGCGAGUACGUCGAGAUUCGGUCGCGGCUCCACGCCGCCGCCGAGGUGGUGGCGGGCGUCAACGAGCUCCACCGGCCAGACGGCGGCGACGACGAUGACGAAUACGAGUCGGACGACGAUGACACAGUGACCGGCUCGGCAGCGACCAGCAUGGCUGGCGCUGGUCUCGGCUCGCCUGUCCCCACCGAGACCGACCGCUCAGAGGAGCCACUGGAAGCCGUGGUGCCGCAGCGCGACGUGCUCUCGCGCCAGAUCCGGGAGCAGCAGCACGCUGGCGAGCUCCGGCGCCGGCGCCCGUGA